GCAGCGUGCAGCUGGACUGCCAAAGCAACAGGGAACAACAUGAGACCGGGUAGCUACAAUGCGGAAUGCGGAAAGCUACACCCAUGUCUCUGACGCAAAGCGAAAACCACACAACCCAGCACCCACAGCUUACAGACACAGCUACAGUCGUAGUCCCCGAUCUAUUACCCCUCUCUAUACAGCACGUAUUACCAGUUGCCCCAGAGCUCGCGCUGGUUCUUGUCCUUGAGAACGCGGACCCACAUCUCAGCGUUCUGGCGCUGGAUAUUCGACUCGAACGCGUCCCACUCGCCGCCGAGUUUCUCGGGCGCGCUGCGCGGGUCGCCGGACCGGCGGAGGCGCUCGAGCGCUGGAAUGGCACCCUCGCUCACUUUGCGGUAGAUGGCCGACGGGCCCUUGAUGUACGUGUACGACGCGGUGUGGCGCUCGCUCACGAGCACGGGUGUGCGUGUGAUGAUUGCCGCGGCGAUUGUGCUGCUCGCCGUGUCGUACAGCGUGCCGCGGCUCGCAAAGGCCGGGAUGAGCAGGUCCGCGUCGGCAAUGAGGCGGUAGUAGUCGGGAUAGCUCAGUUUCUCGUCGACGGUAAUCACGUUUUUGAGGGACUCGGGGAUGUCGACAGGCGCGCGAGGGUUGCGCUGCCCUACGAGGUGAAGCUCAAAGGGCUCGGACGAGUCGGCUUCAAACACGCCGCCGUCAACCAUCUUGUACCCCCACAAACCGGGGUCGGCGUACAUGCUCGCGUUGAGGCUGCGGAAGACCUUUUUGUAGUCGCGCCGGCCUUGUUCAAUGUUGCCUUGGAUGACGGCCUUGCGGGGGAAGGGGGUGACGGUGCGGAACUCUUUGUCUUUGGGGUAGACGAAGCCCUGGGGUUAAGAGGUGAAUGAUACAUUUAGCUCACAGGAAUAAACGUCUCCACCUUGACACGCUCCCAGAACUCGUUGUCCUCGGUGUCGGCCCAGUACUGCAAUUCGUCCUUGACAGUCUGGUGGACGUGGUGGCCCAGAACAACGAGCUUGAUCUGUCCGCGCUGCACCAGCUCCUUGAGCUUCUCCUUGAGGUUGUGUGCAAAUGUCGCGCCGCCGUGGUGGACGACACACACGACGUUGGCCGUAGACUUGAGA